AAAAAAAACAACAAAAAUUAUAUUUAGUGGAAAUAUAAUUUGAAGUGAGUCGAACAUAUGAGCUUUGUCCACAGCAUCAUGGAGCUGGACCUCCGCACGUUCCUUCCCUCAGCCACGUCCACCGACGACGAAGCCGAUGAAGCACCUCACCGCACCAUCGAUGAUAUUCUCAACGACUGUGACACUUCCUCAUCGUCACCCUCACCUCCUUCCUCUCCCUCAACACACACCAAUUCCCUUCCCCAAAAACCCUCACAACUAAAGCCACUUCAACCCUCACCCGAUUCCCUUUCUCAGGUCAAACCCGUAGAAUUCCCCGAUCGAACGCGCGUUUCGCGUCCAUUCUCUUCUCUCUUUCACGGCGUGCGCUCCAAUGCCAAGCCCGGUGCUGCGCUCGCCGCCGCCGCUGCCGCCUCUCGGUCCGUACCUACGCCGCACGCGGCCGCGAUUAUGUGGCGAAGGAGAGGCGCUGUUGCUAACGGUGCCGAAUCGAGUUCCGUCACUGCCGUUGGCGAUGAUUCUGAUGUUUCUUCUUCCAAAGGUGAAUCAGGUGAGUAUAGUGAGAAAUUCGAGUCAGAGGCGAGGGGAAUUGAAACUCAAUCUAGUGAGAGUGUUUCUGCUGUUGGCGAACGUUUUGAGAGUGAUGCGGAAAUUGCAACUGAUUCGAAGACUGGUAGUGCAGACAGUAACAUUCAGGUGCGUAGUGAUUCUGAUUCUGAUGCUUCUGUCGUGAGUAAGGAGAAGAGGGAUUUGGAUGAAGUUGAUCCUGAUCUUGAAAAUGAUAUGAGUUCUGCACCAUUUGAUCAUGAUGAUCAUGAAUUCAAUGGAAAAACUAGUCUUACUUAUGUUGAUGGUGACGAGAGAGUUAGUGUAACGGACGCAGCUGGGGAAACAGAAGAGCUAGUGAAUAAUGGUGGUAGUACUAUGGAAGAUGUUAAGAAUGACGAGAGUGUAGUUGGUGGUGACGAUGGUAGUUCAUUAGGCGAUGUUGCUGAGCUGGUGGAAGAGACGCUAGAGGAAUUGGAAAGGAUAAGGGCUGCUAAGAGAGCGGAGAAAAAAUUAGAGUCUUCAAUGAGGCCACUUGAAUUGGCUGAAGAACUGGAGAAGAGGCAUGCUUCAACUGGUUUGCAUUGGGAAGAGGGUGCUGCUGCCCAGCCGAUGAGGCUCGAGGGUGUGCGCAGAGGGUCCACUACGUUGGGAUACUUUGAUGUUGAUGCUGAUAAUGCUGUCACAAGGGUCAUUUCGUCCCAAACGUUCAGGCAUGAACAAGGUUUUGCCCAAGUCUUGGCAGUUCAUACUAAUUACAUUGCAGUAGGAAUGGCAAAGGGGCUCAUUGUUGUAGUUCCCAGUAAAUAUUCCAUUUAUCAUGCUGACAACACAGAUGGAAAGAUGUUGAUGCUGACUGUACAAGGUGAUCGGUCACAUGCUCCAGUGACGUCCAUGUCUUUCAAUCAGCAAGGAGACCUUCUUUUAGCUGGUUACGGUGAUGGUCAUGUCACCCUGUGGGAUGUACAGAAAGGUGUAGUGGCAAAAAUUAUAAGUGGCGAACAUACUGCACCAGUGAUACAUACAUUGUUUCUAGGACAGGAUCCUCAAAAUACUCGUCAAUUUAAAGCAGUUACUGGUGAUUGUAAGGGUCUGGUUCUCUUACACAGUAUCUCAGUGGUCCCUUUGCUGAAUAGAUUCUCUAUCAAAACUCAGUGUCUUCUUGAUGGGCAAAGAACGGGCUUGGUGCUUUCAGCUUCACCACUCCUUUCUGAUGACUUCAGUGGAAAUGCUUCACCGUAUUCCCAGGGAAACACCACAGCCUCAGCCAGCAGUAUAAGCAGCAUGAUGGGGGGUGUUGUUGGCGGAGAUGCAGGUUGGAAACUCUUCAAUGAAGGCUCUUCUUUGGUUGAAGAAGGUGUGGUUGUAUUUGUCACCCAUCAAACUGCAUUGGUGGUACGACUGAGCCCUACAUUGGAAGUCUAUGCUCAACUUUCUAGGCCAGAUGGAAUUCGGGAGGGUUCCAUGCCUUAUACUGCAUGGAAAUACAUGACACAAACAUGUAGUUCUACUGAAAAUAUGUCUGCAGAAGCUGUUGAAAGAGUUUCAUUGCUUGCCAUUGCUUGGGAGCGGAAGGUUCAGGUUGCAAAGUUGGUCAAAUCAGAAUUAAAAGUAUAUGGAAAAUGGUCUCUUGACAGUCCAGCUAUCGGUCUGGCAUGGUUGGAUGAUCAGAUGCUGGUAGUUCUCACUUCAACUGGACAACUAUAUUUAUUUGCCAAGGAUGGAACUAUGAUUCACCGAACAAGUUUUGCUGUAGAUGGUAUUGGAGGAGAUGAUUUAGUUUCUUACCAUACUCACUUCAUCAACACAUUUGGAAACCCCGAGAAAGCUUAUCAUAACUCUGUCGCCAUAAGAGGAGCUUCUAUUUAUAUACUUGGUCCAACUCAUGUUCUAGUUUCUCGUCUUCUCCCUUGGAAAGAGCGUAUUUUGGUUUUGCGGAAAGCUGGUGAUUGGAUGGGUGCCUUGAACAUGGCAAUGACUCUCUAUGAUGGUCAUGCUCAUGGGGUUGUUGACCUUCCUAGAACCUUGGAUGCUAUACAUGACGCCAUAAUGCCCUUCUUGGUGGAGUUGCUCACAUCAUAUGUUGAUGAAGUGUUCUCCUAUAUUUCAGUGGCAUUCUGCAACCAAAUUGGAAAACUGGACCAAUCCGAUGAUUCAAAUAGUACAAGCAAUUUGGUGCAUUCUGAGAUAAAGGAGCAAUACACCCGCGUUGGUGGUGUUGCUGUUGAAUUUUGUUGUCAUAUCAAACGGACAGACAUUCUUUUUGAUGAAAUUUUCUUCAGGUUCUUGGAUGUUCAACAGAGAGAAACAUUUUUGGAGCUUCUGGAGCCAUACAUUUUGAAAGACAUGCUUGGAUCUCUACCUCCUGAGAUUAUGCAAGAACUGGUAGAGUAUUAUAGCACCAAAGGGUGGUUACAGCGGGUUGAGCAAUGUGUACUUCACAUGGAUAUUUCAUCCUUAGAUUUUAAUCAGGUUGUCAGAUUAUGCAGGGAGCAUGGGCUAUACAGUGCACUGGUGUAUCUCUUCAAUAAAGGAUUAGAUGAUUUUAGGGCACCUCUGGAAGAGCUCUUUGCUGUCUUACAAAAUAGCCCAAAGGAAAGUGCUAAUGCACUUGGGUAUAGAAUGUUGGUUUAUCUCAAGUACUGCUUUACAGGUCUUGCCUUUCCACCAGGCCAUGGAACUAUUCUUCCCACACGCUUACCAUCUCUUAGAAAGGAGCUUGUAGAGUUUUUGUUGGAGGACUCUUGUACUCUGAAAUCACAGACAGUUUCAGACUGUGUGUCCAGGCAACCCUGCCUGAAUCUUUAUCUUCUCUUAAAGUUAGAUCCUGAAGCUACAUUGGAUGUCCUGAGAUGUGCCUUCGUGGAAGAUGCAAUUUCAAAUACCGACUCAUCUUCAGUGGAUUCAGCCAAUAGACCUAUCGACGAAGUAAAAAAAGGAAAUGAUAAUGUUAAUGAAACUCAAAAUACUUUGGUUCAGAACACAGUUGAUGCUCUCAUCCAAAUAAUUGAUAUGAAUAUUGUUCCACCAGAUACAACCUCUAAUAGUGGUGAUGAUGAGUCGAUAAAAGAGUGUCCUUCCAAGGACAUAGGUUAUCUGUUUGAAUUUAUUGCAUAUUAUGUUGCGCUCCAAAGAGCUAAAAUUUCAAAGAGUGUGUUGUGUCAAAUAUUGAAGUAUUUGACCUCAGAUAGUCAGUUUUCAACUAAUGUUUCUGUUAAUGCUUCAACUCCAAAAAGUAGAGAGAAGCAAGUGCUUGCCCUUUUGGAAGUACUUCCUGAGUCAGAGUGGGAUGCGUCAUUUGUGCUAGAUCUAUGUGAGAGAGCCAACUAUCAUCAGGUUUGUGGAUUGAUUCAUAGUGUCAGACAUGAUUAUGUGGUUGCAUUGGAUAGUUAUAUGAAAGAUGUAGAUGAGCCUGUUCAUGCCUUCUCUUUUAUCAACAAAGCAUUCUCACAGUUAACUGACAAUGACCACAGAGCUAUUCGAUCAGCUGUCAUAUCACGGAUUCCUGUGUUGGUUGAACUGAGCAGGGAGGGUGCAUUCCAUAUGGUUAUCAGUCAUUUUAAUGAAGAAAGUUCCCGUAUCGUUACUGAACUUCACUCUCAUCCAAGAAGUCUUUUCCUUUAUUUAAAGACACUCAUUGAACUUCACUUAUUUGGCACCCUAGACUUGUCCAAUUUGAGAAAGGAUGAUAUUAUAAAUCCGUUUAAUGGAAAGCUGGUUAAGGAUCAUCCACAAGGAGUCAAAGAUUACUUAGAGAAUAUAUCUAAUUUCCCUAAGUACAUCCGUGAAAAUCCUAUUCAUGUGUCUGAUGAUCUUAUUGAGCUUUACCUUGAGUUAUUAUGCCAGUACGAAGGUGGUUCAGUUCUCAAGUUUCUCGAAAUGUUUGAUAGCUAUCGUGUUGAACAUUGUUUACGGCUGUGCCAAGAAUAUGGGAUUAUAGAUGCAGCUGCAUUCUUAUUAGAAAGGGUUGGUGAUGUUGGUAGUGCUCUUUUACUUACACUUUCUGAUCUAAAUGAUAAAUUUGUUGAGCUUGAUGCUGCUGUGGAAGCUGUAGUUUCAAAACAUCGCACGCGUGGUUCUUCCCAUAUGGAAAUAUUCAACAGUGUUUUCAGAACAAAGGAGGUGAGUGACAUCCACAAUUUAUUGCGUGCGUGUAUUGGUCUAUGUCAACGGAACACACCCCGUUUAAAUCCUGAGGAGUCAGAGGCACAUUGGUUUAAAUUACUCGAUUCGUUUUGUGACCCAUUGAUGGAUUCAUGUGUUGAAGAAAGAGCAUAUGAAAGAAAAAAUUAUUUUGGAAUGCUAGCUGGAUCAGCAGAUUCACAACUGAACAAUGACACCUAUAAAAGCAGUUGGAAAAUUUCAAAGUCCCAAAAUGGUCAUAUCUUGAGAAAAUUGCUAUCCCAGUUCAUUAAAGAGAUUGUUGAGGGAAUGAUAGGUUUUGUUCACCUUCCAACUAUCAUGGCCAAACUCCUGUCUGAUAAUGGUAGCCAAGAAUUUGGCGAUUUUAAACUUACCAUAUUGGGAAUGCUUGGAACAUAUGGCUUUGAAAGAAGAAUUCUGGAUGCUGCCAAAUCCUUAAUAGAGGAUGAUACGUUUUAUACUAUGAGUGUACUCAAGAAAGGGGCCUCCCAUGGAUAUGCUCCCAGGAGUCUAGUGUGCUGUGUUUGUAAUUGCCUUCUUACAAAAAAUUCUGGUAGCUCUGGAAUUCGUAUUUUCAACUGUGGCCAUGCAAUUCAUCUUCAAUGUGAAGUUUCUGAAAUUGAGUCAACGAGCAAAGGAUCUUCAUCUGGAUGCCCUGUGUGUAUGCCUAACCAGAAAUCUCAGCAAUCUAGAAACAAAUCAAUCAUUGCAGCGAAUGGCUUGGUCAAUAAAUUCUCAUCAAAGCGCCAGUAUCCCCAUGGAAGUGCCAUUCAUCUGCAUGACAGUGAUUUAUCAGACAUUAUGUAUGGACAGCAACAGAUAUCGCGGUUUGAUAUCUUGAAUAGCUUGCAGAAAAAUCAGAGAUUUAUGCAAAUAGAAAACUUACCUCAGUUGAAGCUAGCCCCACCUUCUGUUUACCAUGAAAAGGUUAGUAAAGUGACAGACUUUCUGACUGGGGAAAGUAGCAAUAGUUCUGCAGUUACAGAGAAACAAAAUAGAAACAAGCAAAACCGGGAGCUGAGAGUUAAGGGUUCAUCAAUUCGAUUUCCUUUAAAAUCAAGUAUAUUUGGCAAAGAGAAAACAAAUAAGCGGUGAAUAACUGUUUCUUAAGAACAAAGAGAAGACUAACAACUGUACAGACUAACAGCAGAUAUCUUCCCCCGUAGGCUGUCAGUAUAGCCACCAGAUUGGAUGAAUCUCAAUUCAACCCAUUAUUAUUCUUUUGUAUUUUAUUCUACUUUUUUGUAUAUGUUUUUGUUUUCUUCCAAAGUUACUUUUUAUAGAUGUUACUGACCGUUGUAGCUGUAUGUGUGUACGUAUACAAUAGAAAAACCAUUUUUAGCGAGUUUAAGAUAACGGGCCCGUUUUGGCUCUGUCGGCCUAACUUGCAACUUCUUUGUGCAUAUUGGUCUCUUAUCCAAGUAGGCUUAUCCUAUCGUGGGUCCAAUCCCUUCAGUAUCGUAGGAGCAAUCCUUCUUAUCUGUUGUAAAGCUCUUUGGAAGCGUGCUUCAUUGUAUCUUAAGCUCUUGGGCAUGGCCUUUUUGAGCCUGAGUAAUUUAAAGGCUACAACCUUCAGAC